AUGGCUCCAACUCCAACUACUACUCCAAUGCCUGUCCCACCAAAGGGUCCAGAAAUUUCUGACAUGAGCGAUGAGACAAUCACCGAGAAUACUAUUUUGGUCAAUUCACAACAUAAGAAUAUGAGGUUGUUUUUCGUAUUAAAUACAUUGGUACAACAUUUACAUGAUUUUGCUAGAGAAGUCAGAUUAACUACUGAAGAAUGGGAAGAAGGUAUCAAAUUUUUGACUGAUUGUGGACAUAUUACUACUGAUAUCAGACAAGAAUUUGUAUUGUUGUCUGAUGUGUUGGGACUUUCGGUGCUUGUUGAUGGUAUUUCACAUCCAAAACCAGAGAAUGCCACUCUGGGAACCUUAUUGGGUCCUUUCCAUACCCAUGAUGCUGAAGAGAAAGAACAAGGUGAUAGUAUCGUAUCAGAAGGUAAAGGUGAACCUUUAUUGAUUGAAGGUAAAUUGACUGAUACUAAUGGAGACCCAAUUGCUAAUGCUACUAUAGAUCUUUGGCAUUGUGACAAGGAUGGAUUUUAUGAUACUCAAUAUGAAAACCGUGACCAUGCUGAUUUAAGAGGUAUUGUUAGAACCGCAGAAGAUGGUUCCUUUGUCAUCAAGGCUUCUAAACCUGUUCCAUAUCCUAUUCCAAGUGAUGGUCCUGUUGGUAAAUUAUUGAAGAUCAUUAACCGUCAUCCAUACAGACCAGCCCACAUCCAUUUCAUAAUUGAAAAACCAGGUUAUGAUAGAUUGAUCACUGCCUUGUACGAGAAGGGAGACCCAUUUGAAAAGUCAGAUGCUGUCUUUGGUGUUAAAUCAAAGUUAUUAUAUACUUUAGAUAAAGUUGGUGAAGAAAAAGCAAGUAAAUAUAAUAUGGAUAAAGAUGACUGGUAUUUACAUUGGGAUUUCACUAUAAUCACUGAACAGGAAUCUGUUGAUUUGGUUAGAAAAAAGAAUAAAGAAGCAAUUGUUAAUAACAAGAAUUCACCUUAUAAUUUGAUUCUUAACAAGAACGGUUUGCCUGAGGCAGCUCCAUUAGACUAG